UCAUGCUCCGUGCUGUUGAUCACCCGGGAGAAACAAAACCAGCUAAGCAGGAAGCGUUAGCUUUAGAGAAACAAUUUAGAGCGAUUUUCACCUUUUAGAGGAAUUAAGAUUAGUACCUUAAAGAUGUUUUAAGUAAAUUAGCUUUAAAGUAGCUCGGAGUGAGUCGUUAUUUCACGUCUUCUACCUCAUUUGUGUGGCCGCAUCUCAGUAUAUCGAUGACCGAAAAUGUUGAAAGAUUUCAACAUUUAAAGGUAAAGAUGCUGUCCACCGGAGAUGUCCAAGGUUGUCUCCGUAAACUAGAGACUCUCCUGCGAGUGAUAAAAUACCCAGGACAGGUCGACUACAACAGCCUGUCCAAAGGAGACCCCUCUGCUUUCCUUCCCAUCGUGAGCUUCACCCUCACCUCCUUCUCUCCACCUUUCGCCGAGCAGCUGACGGCGGCAGGAUUUGAGUUGACGGGCAAAACAGACCUCCGCUUCACCGACACUUUUUACAAGGUGCUGAGAGAUAUCUUCCACUAUAAGCCCGUCCUGACCAAGCAGCAGUUCCUGCAGUGGGGUUUCUCUCAGAGGAAAAUCUCUGUGAUGUGUGACGUCAUUAACUUUGUGCAGCAGAAACACAACCAGCUGAAGAAGCCCAGAGUCAGAUGUCCGGCCCAGAACAAGGAGGGCAGGCCGGACGGCAGAGGAGAAGUUCAGCCCACACUAAUCGCGCCUGAUCAGCCACUCGUAGUGAAUCACACAGAAUAUCAAUCCUCUUCCCAUGCAGAAAGGUUCUCCUCCAGUUCUCCUGGAAACAUGAUCACAGAGGAGGAGGCAGAUGAGGAGGAAGAGGAGGAGGAAGAGGAGGAAGAGGAGGAGGAAGAUGAGCAGGAGGGCGACCGCCUUCAGUCUCACUCAGAGCUAGAGGGACGACUCUCAGCUCUGGAGGCCCAGCUACAGAGUCUGCAGCCUGGACUGGACCGGAUCAGAGUCCUGGAGAGACGCCUGGAAGACCUGGAGAGACGGAGACACACAGAUAAGAGUGAAGGUGACGUGGUGAUCAUCUCCAGAGAGAGCUGGGAGAACCUGAUGAGCAGAGUCGUUCUUCUGGAAACUCAAUCAGAACUUAGAGACACACAGCUCAGUGUCCCACCGCCGUGUGCGUCCUCGUCCUCCGCCUUCUCCAACAUGUCUGAUGCCUCAAAGGAGGAUCUGAAAGAGAGGCUGGAGAGGAUAACAAACAUGAUGAAGAGCACCUCCAGCCUGCUGAAGAACUCUGAAUCCUCUACAACAGACUGCAAAUAAUCUAAUAUAAAUAAUCAUUGUAUCCAUUGUAAAUGUAUCCAUCCGCCUGUUUUUGGUGUUUUAUGAUUAUAAACUUGGUAAUAAACUGGACAAACGUGAUUCUAACUUCUAAAGAACAAAUAUUGUUUUUGCUGUGACAGGAAGACAGGAAAAUGUUGGGAGAAGAGAGUGGGGGGAUGACAUGCAGCAAUGGGCCAAGGUACGGAUUUGAACAAACAGCCACUGCGACGAGGGCGUGUGACAUAACCACUAGGCCAUCCAGCGCACAAGUCUUUGUGAUGCUUUUAAACUGAGAGGAUAUUACUUGACAAUCAUCUGCGACAGGUUGAGCAAUCUGAUUUAAGUCAGUCCCAGCUCCAUGGACACCUCUUCAGUGGCAUUUGUACCUACACAUGGUCCUAUUUCUCAGUCUAUAAAAUGAGUGAGCAAACAUUGGCACAUAUUGAAUUGUGACCCUCACCUCGCAGGUGCUUUUAAAACCCCACCUUGAUGUUUUUUUAAAGGAGGUCUUCUAACUUACUUAAUCUCUGAGUUAUGUAGGCGGCAGUAGCUCAGUCCAUAGGGACUUGGGUUGGGAACCGGAGGGGCGCCGCUUCAAGUCCAGGUGUGGAUAAUUAAUAAAGAAGUUGGUCUGGUAGGUAGGUACCAGGGCACCGAACCACCAACUGCUCUAGUGCGCUCAGUGUGUAUCAUCUCUCUGUUAAUGCAUGUCCAUGUGUGUGAGAAGCAUGUCUCUCAAUAAUAAAGUAUCAAAUCUGAAUUUAUAAAGUAUAUCAAAUACAAAAUAAAAGUCAGAUCUGCUUAA